AUGGAGCACCUCCAGGGAGCGUGGAAGUCCCUGAGUAACGGUUUCAGCAUGAAGGACCCUGGCUUCGAGAGCCCGUGCCUGUCACCCACCUUGGUCCAGGGCUUCUGCCAGCGCCGCUCCUCCGACGACAGCAAGAUGCCUGAUUCAAAGACAAGCAGCACAAUCCGCGUCUACCUCCCCAACCAACAACGCACUGUGGUAAACGUGCGGCCGGGCAUGACUUUGCACAGUUGCCUGAUAAAAGCCUUAAAAGUGCGAGGUCUGCAGCCCCAGUGCUGUGCUGUGUUUAAGCUGCAGCCGGCGCUGGUGCCGGCGCAGGGAAGUAAAAAGCUCAGAAUGGACUGGAACACAGACUCCACCUCUCUGAUCGGUGAAGAGCUCCUUGUGGAAGUUUUAGACCAUGUGCCCUUGACAACCCAUAAUUUUGUUCGUAAGACUUAUUUGAAGUUAGCCUAUUGUGACAUUUGCCAGAAGUUCCUUAUAAACGGUUUCCGAUGCCAAACCUGUGGCUACAAGUUCCAUGAGCAUUGCAGCACCAAAGUCCCGACGAUGUGUGUGGACUGGAGCAACAUCCGACAGCUCCUCUUCUGUCCCACACCUGGUGAGGGCAGUGCACCAUUUCCACCAAUGACGUUUCGGAGAAUGAGGGAUUCUUUAACGAGGUUUCCCAGCUCGGCGCACCGAUACUCCACGCCUCACGCCUUCAACUACAACACGUCCUCCGUGAGUCCAGGGGGCGCUCUCUCCCAGAGGCAACGCUCUACCUCCACCCCCAACGUCAGCAUGCUCAGCACCACCCUGCCCAUCGACAGCAGCAUGAUGGAGCUCGACGGCCCGAAUGCCUGUCCCAGCUCCUGGUGUCAAAGAUUCUGGCUCAAGAGGAAAGUAGGUAUAGUGCAAUUCUCCCAGUCAUUUGCCGAGGCCACACCCGAGCUUUCCGACAAGGUGUGUGAUCCAAACUCUGCAGGGAGCUCUCCGAACCAGAGUCCCACCGGCUGGGCCCCGUCCAAACCCCCUGCUCAGAAUAAAAUAAGACCUCGAGACAAGCGAGACUCCAGCUACUACUGGGAGAUCGAGGCCAGUGAAGUCUACCUGAACUGCUGCAUCGGCUCAGGCUCGUUCGGAACUGUGUACAAAGGGAAAUGGCACGGCGACGUAGCGGUGAAAAUCUUAAAGGUCAAAGACCCCACCCCUGAGCAGUUUCAAGCCUUCAGAAACGAGGUGGCAGUUUUGCGGAAGACCCGGCACGUCAACAUCCUCUUGUUUAUGGGCUACAUGACGAAGGACAACCUGGCCAUCGUGACGCAGUGGUGCGAGGGGAGCAGCCUGUACAAGCACAUCCACGUCCUGGAGACCAACAUCAAGAUGAUCGAGAGGAUAGACAUCGCCAGGCAGACGGCGCAGGGCAUGGACUACUUGCACGCAAAGAACAUCAUCCAUCGCGAUAUGAAGUCCAACAACAUUUUCUUGCACGACGGCCUAACAGUGAAGAUUGGCGACUUUGGUUUGGCCACGGUAAAAACCAGAUGGAGCGGGUCGCAGCAGGUGGAGCAGCCCUCAGGAUCGAUUCUGUGGAUGGCGCCUGAAGUGAUCCGCAUGGAGGACAACAACCCAUACAGCUUCCAGUCGGACGUCUACUCGUACGGAAUCGUGCUGUUCGAACUCAUGACCGGGGAGCUGCCGUACGCUGAGAUAGCCAACAGGGAUCAGAUCAUCUUCAUGGUGGGCAGAGGAUACCUGUCGCCAGACCUCAGUAAGCUCUUCAAAAGUUGUCCCAAAGCCAUGAAAAGACUGGUCGCCGACUGCAUCAAGAAAUCCAAAGAUGAGAGGCCUCUUUUUCCACAGAUCUUGUCGUCCAUCGAGCUCCUGCAGCACGCCCUCCCCAAGAUCAACCGCAGCACAUCGGAGCCGUCCCUGCACCGCGCCACCCACACGGAGGACAUGAACGCCUGCACGCUCACCUCCACCCGGCUGCUAGUCUACUAA